UCAAGAGUUUAUCGUACACCAUCAGCCCAGCAUACCCGUGCGUACGGGUGGUGUUGACAAGAUCCGGCUCCAACUGAACUGUAUCGGUUACGAAAGGUGCCGUUUUUGUAUAACGACCUUGGAAGGUAAAAAGAAGAGGUUGCUCUCACGUCACACACCAGGCGGUACCUGGUCACCGAGCUGUGUUUGUCAGGCGAGGCUUUCGGCGUUGGUGUGUGGAUAAUUUGCUGCGUGUAAAUUAUGCUCUGAGCUCAGCCACUUUACCGGGCCGACAAGUUUGGAUCGGAUCUCACCAGCACGGCAGUUUGAUCACAACAAGCUCUACCUUAUUACUCUCGAUCGGACUCAGUCAUGGGUGAUAACUUCGAUACGUGAGUAGGGCCACGGCAGACCGGAGUUAUCGAACCGGUUGGAUCGUCCCAGAUGAAGAAGAAGAUGCAAUGAACUAGCCGCCGUGCCCGCUGUGGCGCGGACCCGUCUCGAGCAAGCUGUACAUCUGAUAAAAGCUCCUUGAUCUGAAGCAAGUGGGUGAACCUCACCUUACCCGGACUACUGUCAACAACUUUGGCAACACAAGGAAAAUAUAUCAAAAGCUAGACAUGACCCUGUGUCAGACCCUGCCGUGCUCCCCUGCUGUGGCGCUGUCGGUUGUUUGUGUACUGCUGGGGACCGUGCUGGGACACCCGCAGUGCCUGGACUUCAUGCCGCCGUUCGAGCCCGCCGAGCCGCUGGUUUUCUGCCGGGAGUACGGCGACUUCGGGUGCUGCACCCGCAGACAGGAUUAUGAGCUGCAGCGACAGUUUGAUGACAUCAUGAGGAGAAUGCCGUACCACCUGCAGACAUCCUGUCAUCAUCACGUCAUGAACAUCCUGUGCCAGGAGUGCUCACCUUACGCAUCCCAUUUGUACGACCUGGAAACCACUCAGGUGAAAAAGCCACUUCCUGGGAUGUGUCCCCAGUACUGUCCCACUGUGUUCGACAGCUGCAAAGACAUCAUUCCGUUUAUAACGGGUGAUCCAACCGUGCAACACGCCAUAACACUGUCAAAUUACACCCAGUUCUGCGAGGUGACCUCCAUCACAGACAUGGACUACUGCUACCCCAACCUCCUUGCCAAUGAGCAGCUAUCGGGGGACAUUCAGGAGGCGGUACAAGGCACUGGUGGGGAGGGGUGCUUGUGUUUCCAAGAGAUCGCAAAUGGCUUAAAGAACCCCACGGUCCUUGUACAUGCAGGUGACGGUACUCAUCGCCUUUUCAUUGGCGAGCAGCUGGGAAAGGUGUACGUGUAUCUUCCUGACGGUAGCAGGGUGGAUACGCCGUUUCUGGACCUGACCAGAACUGUUCUUACAACUAGUAGACGUGGAGAUGAGCGGGGUUUUCUUGGCAUGGCGUUUCAUCCAAAUUUUAAGGAGAACAAAAGGCUCUUUGUUUACUACUCUGUUGGGACAUCAAAGAAGCAGAAGAUUCGAAUCAGCGAGUUCAGAGUAGCGUCUCAUGAUAUAAACCAAGUGGACCAGGACUCAGAGAAGAUUAUCCUUGAGUUGGAUGAGCCAGCAGCCAACCAUAAUGGAGGCCAGUUGCUCUUUGGGGUGGACGGAUUUAUGUACGCUUUUAUUGGAGACGGAGGCAAAGGAGGUGACCCCUUUGGUGAAAAAGGAAAUGCAUUGAAUAUGACAACUCUUCUUGGAAAAAUUAUUCGCAUUGAUGUCAACCAUCCAGACGACAGCGUGCCUUACGGCGUGCCGUGGGAUAAUCCGUUUGUUGGCCAACGCAACAUCAAACCGGAAAUCUAUGCUUACGGCACACGCAACAUGUGGAGGUGUUCCGUGGACCGGGGCGACCCCGAAACGGGGGAUGGCCGAGGGCGCAUUUUCUGCGGAGAUGUCGGACAGGCGAAAUGGGAAGAGAUCGACAUUAUCGAGAAGGGAGGGAACUACGGAUGGCGUGCGUUUGAGGGCUUUGAAUGCUUUGAUGAGAAGCUCUGUGAAACAGAAGAGUUGGCCAACCAUAUCCCCCCCAUACACGUCUACAGCCACAGUGUUGGCAAGUCAGUUACAGGAGGGUUCAUGUACAGGGGCUGCCUGUACCCUAACCUGAAUGGACAGUACAUCUAUGGAGACUUCUGGAAUGGGAAAUUGUUCUCACUGACAGAAGACAAAGAGCAAGGAGUGUGGAACAACAGACAGAUCUGUGCUGGGAGCACUGAUAUCUGUAACAAUGAGCUCCAGGGGUCAUAUGUUCCAGACAUCCUGUCUUUUGGGGAGGAUGAGGCAGGGGAACUGUACAUGCUAUCCACUGACUAUGCCAGCACCAGCCAUACUGGUGGGAUUGUGUACAGGAUCGUGGACCCUGCCAGGCGAGGAGACCCAGAGCAGUGCAGCAGAAACAUUACUCCUGUUACCGUUCUUGGGACCACAACACCUUUUGUACACUCCUCUGAAAGGGUCACCUGCAGGACCUGUCGUAGGGCCAAGGCAAACUCCAACGCUUACUGCAAUGCUGAUUUUGUGUUGAGGGGGAGUGUAACAGAACGCAGAUCAAUAAAAAAUGGCUUCCUCACUGAGGUCUACGUGAAGAUUUCUGUGCACAAGGUGUGGAAACAGUCCAGCCACUUGCCUAAAAUCAAGUCCAGUGUUAGGCUGUGGCUGUCCCAAAGGACUGCGCAGUGUGACUGCCCCAAGGUUCAAGUAGGCAGUACCUACUUCAUCAUGGGGAUAUAUGACAUCUGGUCGAAGCGACUACAGAUCCACACGACAACUGUUGUACGGCUUUGGCAUCAUAACUGGACCAAGAGGGUCCUCAACUACAAAAUGCUGUGUGACUUCCGCUCUCGGCCGGCCAUUAAGCCAGGGAAACCACCAAAACAGCCGCAGCCCCUUCGGGAGGCGCCUCCUGCACAUGCAUUACAGCAAGCAGUAGAGUUUCACUACAAUGCAGCUGAGAUGGCACCGAUUCCACCAGAUGCAGAAAUGGCAUCUCAACCCAGUCAACCUGCACCACCUGUGUGGAAGCCAGAGCAACCUUUUCCAUCAAACGUCAAACCCGCAGCAUACUUCCCAAGUCACAGCCCCUCCCAGGACCCCUUUGCCUUACGACCAGGCCAGACUGUAGACCAAUGGCAGGUCCAGCACCCUGUCAACCCGCCAGCUGCAAACGUACCAGCUGCACGGCAUGUCGCCCAGCCUGCGCCAGUGUGGCCGAGCUACUCCGCGCUGUCACCAAGCCAUCCGUCACCAUCCAGUCAUCGCUACCCACAGCCAGAUCCACUGCAGCAGUUCCCACAGCAGCCCCCACCCUACCAUCAGCCCUCUGUAGCUGACUCACACCCGUCACAACUCAAUCCCUCAAGUCAGCAUCAGUAUCCACCUUAUGCCUUUCCUACUAACCCACAGUCAUCGGUGUCUAGUCCUCACCACCCACAGCCAGCCCAGUACCCACCUUACGAUGCACCUCACCAUCAAGACCAACAUGCACCUAAUCCAUAUGGUGCACAAAAACCCUACUAUGCACCUUAUGCUGUCCCUAGCGACCCACAGCUACCCGAGUCUGGUUUCUAUUAUCCACAGCCAGCCCCUUAUGCUGUUCCCAGUCAUCAGCAACCAUAUGUGUCCAGUCCAUAUGAUCCACAACCUCAGUAUCCACAGCUGUCUGGCCACCAGCAACCACCUGCAUAUGGUCCAUACAACCCACAACCACCUCAGUAUUCAGCCUAUGCCAUCCCUAGGCACCAACAACCAGAUACACUCAGUCAAUACAACCAACAACAGCCUCAGAACCCUCCCUAUGUUGUGCCCAGUCACCAACAACCACCAGUGGCUGUCUACCAACCUCAGCCUGUACCCAACUACCAGCCUUAUCAACCCAGUGCACAGUAUCCUCAACAGCAACCUCAAGGUAACCCAGAAACCAACCCACCCGACCCACCACACCAACCUCACCCAGGCCAUCCAUACUCACCCCCCGACCAGCCUUACCCACCUUAUCAGCAACCGUAUCCACCAAGCACCCACGAUACCUCCAGGCCUUCCCCCUCUUCCAGUGAUGAUCCCUUCAGGAUUGUAGAUGGUAGAGUUCCUGACCAUAUAAAAUGGAACCCUUAACAAUCAUUUGUUGGUUACCAACUUUGUGAUGAGCAAUCAGCUGAUCUAUCCAAUACCCAUGGUAUAUUCUUUGUGAGCAUUAGUUACCUCUUACCACUUUGUUACUCCAGAGAAAAUGUAUGGUAGAAUGUCAUGUUCAGUUGAAUUAUGUUUUUUUGCAGGUUUAACUUUUUUGAUUUUGAAGAAUCUGUAAGGAUUUGGCUUUACUAUAUAGUGUUGUGAGGGUAACUUAUGCCACUCCUGGACCAGUGCAAAUUAGAGUGCUGUAUGAUACACAUAAAUUCUGGUAAAUUUGCCAUCUUGCUACUAUGCCAAAGAUGGAAGCUAUGUUUUUGAUAGCAUUGAAGUUUUUAUUCUGGUGUGUUGUGGUCAGAAUUGAUUUAAGAAAACAAUACUUAUGAUACAGAUAAUUAACAUCAAAAUUUUGAAAUGUUGUCUACUAUCCUAGCCCACUUCAGAUGUUACAAAAACACUUGAUACAUGUAAGUUUAACAUUUAAUUCUGCUGUUUUCUGGCCAGUAUUUACAAAGCGGUCGUCAGUGGAGAACGUAAGUUCAGAUAUGGAGAUUGAUCUUUUCUCUGGACAUUUUGUCCCCUAGGGAGGACAGGCUCAUCUUAGUGUUAAUGAUGUCAAGAAGUUCUGAGCUCAAAACCUCCCAGAGACUGUCUUUUUUACCUUGUACAAUACUAAGAUGUCAAAAGUAGACAAAAGAAGAACAGGAAAAAUACUUGGAUGCUACUUUUUCUGAAUUCAAAUAUAUUUUAAAGACCUGUGUAUUAUGUGGAAGUUUCAUGUGAUCUAGUCUUACUCUUGUAGUUAUUUGUGACACAGUGUAUCAGAUGUAGUAAGGAAUAGGGACUGUAAGGUGCAGGAACAAUGACUCCAAGGUCAAAGAGGCAAACUGAGACCACAUGACUAGAAGAUGUGAUAGAAGACUGGCAACUUAUUACAGGAAGAUGCAAGGUAAUGACAAUAAAAGAGGUACAGAUUUUACAAA